GAGGAGGCAAAAAAAUGUCAACGGAGGAAGAAGAGCACUCGGCGGCAAUUCGAUACGCCGCCGGCGUUGUGCUCCCGGUGGUGGUAAAAACUGCCGUCGAGCUCGAUCUCUUCCAACUUAUCGAAAACGCCUGCAACAUUUCGUUUUUAAACGAUUACUAUGAAUAUAAAAAAUGAUUUUUAAGGGAAUAAGGUUUAUUGUUAAUAAACUCAAAAUAAAUAAUCCAUUUUUUUAUUCUUCAAAAAGCCGCCAUUGCUUAGCAGCUCAAGCUCCAGCCAUUGUUUCCUUCAUCUCCAACUCCAGGUGCUCCCUCUCCCGGAUGUCGGUUUUGAUCAAAAUUAGCUCUAGAUUUGAGAAUAUUGGGUUUGUAAACUUGUUUAUAUGCAAUGCUACCCUAAUUGCGGGAUAAUUCCUAGUGAAUUUGUGAAAUUUCUUAUCGAUAAUAGUUAUAGCUAUAGUGAUUGAGCAGGAACUUCAGAAAUUUUUGCGGUGAAUUGAUUCGUUGCUAUUUUGAUGCUUGGUUUUCACACGGGCCUUAAUUUGUGCUUUAAUUGACCUAGGCCAUGAGAAAUUUGCAGUGGGAUUUCAUCAUGAAUUCGAGAUUUCGCUUGCAAAUUGCUACUGUUUUAAGGUAUAAUUACUUCUCAAUUCGCACAAUUUCCAGCUCCAUUGACGACGAAGCUCUGAGAAUCCAAUUUCUUCUGAAGAACCAUUUCCACGAAGCUGCGGAAUCAGUCGAGCGCCGCCUCGAGCAAUUAAAGCCCCCGCUCUCGCACGAAUUGGCCCUCAAUGUGCUCAAACGCCACCGCUCCGACUGGAAAUCCGCCUACACAUUCUUCCGCUGGCUUUGCGAUUCAUCCGGCUACGCUCCUGAAACCUCCAUCUACAACGAGAUCGUCGACACGCUAGGCCGAAACCACCGCUUCGACGAGCUCCGCCUACUGCUCGACGAAAUGCCGAGGAGAAAAAAACCGAUGGAUGAACGGACGUAUGCUGUUGUUGUCAGCAGAUUAGCCGCCGCUCACAGGGUCGACGAAGCAAUCCAGUUCUUCGACGGCAUGGAGGAACUAGGCCUCCGCCGCGACCUGCCUGCGUUUCAGACGCUGCUGCUGGCGCUGUGCCGUUACAAGCAUGUGGAAAGGGCGGAAUUUCUCUUCCGCGUUAGGAAGAGUGAGUUUGCUGCGGAUAUCAAAACGUGGAACAUCGUGUUGAGUGGAUGGUGCGCGCUGCGGAGCUUGCCCGAUGCCAAGAGGUUUUGGAGGGACAUUCUCGCGUCGGAUUGCAAGCCGGAUAGAUACACCUAUGGCAUCUUCAUCAAUUCGUUGUGCAAAUCCGGGAAGGAGGGAAGAUCGCUGGCGCUGCUGAGGGCAAUGUGGGAGCAGGGAUGCAGCCCGGAUGCGGCCAUAUGCAACACUGUCAUCGACGGGCUGUGUUUCAAGAAGAGGAUCCCUGAGGCUCUUGAGGUUUUCAGAGAGAUGAGAGAGAAGGGGUGCUCGCCGAAUAAUGCUACGUACAACUCGUUGAUCAAGCAUCUCUGCAAGAUUCAGAGGAUGGAGGUGGUGGAGGAGCUCGUUAAGGAGAUGGAGGAGACAGGUGGUGCCUGUGCGCCGAAUGCUUUGACGUACGGGUUCGUUCUGAGGGCUGCGAGGAACGCAAAGCAAGUUGACAGGAUUUUUGAGAGGGUUAAGGAGAGUGGGUGUGAGGUUGGAGGGGACUUUUACAACAUGGUUUUGAGGUUGUUUGUGGGAUGGGGGGAUGAGGAGAGGGUGGGGUGUGUUUGGGGUGAGAUGGAAAGGAGGGGAGUGGGGCCCGAUCGACGGUCGUACACGAUUGUUGUGCACGGGCUUUGUGAGAUGGGGAGGGCCGGGGCUGCGUUGGAGUAUUUUGCUGAGAUGGAGUGCAAGGGUAUGUUUCCCGAGCCUCGGACGAAAAUGAUGGUGGAGGAGAUGAGAUGCAAGUUGAGUGAAGGAGAGAGGGGGAGUGAGAGAAGAUUGAGAAAAGGGAAUGGUUUGGUUAAACAAGUCAAGAAAGCUAGGUAGCAUUGUUAAUUAGGGCUUGUUUGUUUUGGUGGAUAGGAUAUAGCAAGAUAGUAAAUUCGGGAUAAGAAUUCCGGGCCGAAGAGAGAGGAUGAUGGAGGCAGUAAUGAGGUUACGAGAUUACAACCAUCACCUCAACACAGCAAUCUGCUUUGCCUGUUGAUGCUGCUGAUCAGAUUGGAGGAAAAGCUGUUCUACAUAGACCCAACCAAAAGAAAGUGAUUCAUUGCUACAUACUCGUAGUCGGGGGCGGGGGCG